AUGUCCUCGAAACUCCCCACGGCAAACCCGACCGCAAAGCCGGCAUCUUCGUUGCAUCCGGCAUUUUACAUCAGUGCCUGGAUUGGACUGAGUUCUGGUGUGAUCAUCUUCAACAAGUGGAUUCUACACACUGCGGGUUUUACUCUCUUUCUGACAACAUGGCAUCUGGUCUUUGCAACGGUCAUGACUCGGCUGAUGGCCAAAUUCACCACACUGCUUGACUCGCGGCAUGAUGUCCCCAUGACAGCCCAGGUUUAUCUCCGAGCCAUCGUCCCCAUCGGAGCCUUUUUCAGUCUGAGUCUGAUCUUUGGUAACCUGGCCUAUCUCUAUCUGAGUGUCUCUUUUAUCCAGAUGCUCAAGGCCACCAAUUCUGUCGCCACCCUUCUUGCAACCUGGGCCAUGAGAAUUGCUCCAGUUCGCCUCGAACUGCUGGGCAACAUCUCCUUCAUCGUAGUCGGAGUUGUCAUCGCGUCCAUCGGUGAAAUCAAAUUCACUCUGAUCGGCUUCAUGUGCCAAUCCCUCGCCACAAUCUUCGAAUCUGUCCGUUUAGUCAUGGUCCAGCGUCUUCUCAGCUCUCCCGAAUUUAAAAUGGAUCCCCUAGUGUCGUUAUAUUAUUUUGCGCCCGCAUGCGCUGUCAUGAACGGGGCUAUUACUGCCUUUAUUGAAUUGCCUCAGAUGCGCUUGUCGGAUAUUACCAAUUUGGGGGUUUCCACGCUUAUUGCUAAUGCGGGUAUUGCACUUGCACUCAACAUUGCAGUCGUUUUUCUGAUCGGCAAAACAUCCGCACUGGUCCUGACGCUUUCUGGAGUGCUGAAAGAUAUUCUCCUCGUUGUCGCAUCGAUGGUCAUCUUCAGAGACCCUGUUACGCCUCUGCAGGUUGUUGGAUAUGGCAUUGCUCUUGGUGGACUUGUCUACUAUAAGCUUGGUAAGGAGGGUAUUUCUGCUUUUCUUAGGCAGAUUUCAGGGAGGUCAUAG